CCGCGCCCCCCCAGCCGGGCAUUGCUUCUGCCCCUACAAGGUUUGGGCCGAGGUGGGGGAGGGUCCUGGUUGCCGGCUCCGCCCGGUCCCUCCCAGCCUUUUAGGCGCCCGCCCGGCUGGGACAUCCCAGUCCCGCUCGGUCCUCCUCAUCCACCACCCGUGCGCCCAGUCCGCCUGGUCCUCACUGCCUACCAGCCGGCCCACGCCCCACCGCAGCCAUGGACGCCAUCAAGAAGAAGAUGCAGAUGCUAAAGUUGGACAAGGAGAAUGCCAUCGACCGUGCUGAGCAGGCCGAAGCAGACAAGAAGCAAGCUGAGGACCGCUGCAAGCAGCUGGAAGAGGAGCAGCAGGGCCUCCAGAAGAAGCUGAAGGGGACAGAGGAUGAGGUGGAAAAGUAUUCUGAAUCCGUGAAGGAUGCCCAGGAGAAACUGGAGCAAGCCGAGAAGAAGGCGACUGACGCUGAGGCAGAAGUGGCCUCCCUGAACCGCCGUAUUCAGCUGGUAGAGGAGGAGCUGGACCGGGCGCAGGAGCGCCUGGCCACCGCCCUGCAGAAGCUGGAGGAGGCUGAGAAGGCAGCUGAUGAGAGCGAGAGAGGAAUGAAGGUCAUUGAGAACCGGGCCAUGAAGGAUGAGGAAAAGAUGGAGCUGCAGGAGAUGCAGCUGAAGGAAGCCAAACACAUCGCCGAGGAUUCAGAUCGCAAAUACGAGGAGGUGGCCAGGAAGCUGGUGAUCCUGGAGGGAGAGCUGGAGCGCUCAGAAGAGAGAGCUGAGGUGGCCGAGAGUAAAUGUGGGGACCUAGAGGAGGAGCUGAAAAUUGUUACCAACAACUUGAAAUCCCUGGAGGCCCAAGCCGACAAGUAUUCCACCAAAGAGGAUAAAUAUGAAGAGGAGAUCAAACUGCUGGAGGAGAAGCUGAAGGAGGCUGAGACCCGCGCAGAGUUUGCUGAAAGGUCUGUGGCAAAGCUGGAGAAAACCAUUGAUGACCUAGAAGAUGAAGUCUAUGCCCAGAAGAUGAAGUACAAGGCCAUCAGCGAGGAGCUGGACAACGCGCUCAAUGACAUCACCUCCCUCUGAGCUGCACACCAGUGUGGCCACCCCAGCCCCUUCUCUCCUCUUCUUUCCAUUCUUUCUGUGGGAAAGGGGAGGCAGGAGGAGCAAAAGUUGCCAACAUUGCACAGCCAGGCUGGGAGCAGCCCAGAGAGAGCCCCCAUCAUACCCUCUGCCCACUCUGGCACUGGCUUCAUCCUUUUGUCUAUCACACCCUCCACCCCUCUUUGCUGCCUAAUAAACUCUGAACUUGGUCUCCA